UCAAGCAUUCAGUGAUUCAAUUCGUUCUAUAAUUUACUUGAAAUUGAAACAAUAACUUAAAAAGAAGUUAAGAUUAUUUGAAAAGUUUCGAACUUUUGAUAAUUUAAAAUUUUAAUUUCAUUGAAAUCAGUAUAAAAAUGUGGAAAAAAAUUGUUAUUUUGUGUUUGUUUGUAAGCUUCAUUGUGUGUGACAAUAUUGAUAAAAGUGAUGCAGCACCAACUGAUUUGGAAAUUUUUCACAAUGAUACGAAACAACUACUUGAGCUGUGCUUUCCUGAUAAAUUGAACCCUGCGGUUAUAACUGUUAACUUGAUUGACAUCAUGUUCGAAAUUUCAAUAAUCGAAGUGGUCAACGCGUCCAUUGUAACGAUCGAUAGUGAUUUCGAGUCAACUGUGAUGAAAUGGCACUAUCCAAAUCAUCCCUCGUACAUUAUAUCAGCAGAGUCUGAUAAAAAACUAAAAGCUCUUCUUCACGAAAUAAAAUCGUCGAUUAUUUGGAACGUCGAGUCAAUGGUUUUCGUUGCUGGUGAAAACUGUGGGAAGGCAAUGAAAGUUCUGAGGAUGGUGUGGGAUAUUGAAGCCCUUGGAUCGUUUUACGUCUGUCGAGAUCAAGUCAACAAAAGUACGUUGGUGUAUACAUUUAACCCCUACACUGAUAGAGCACCGAAACCCUGGAGUAGAGUUAAGAAGAAAUCGAAAGAUAAUCGAUGGACAUUGUAUAGGCAGUCAUUUAAAAACGAUUCAGAAUUGUGUCAAAGUUAUCAUUUUGACAAAACCAGAAAUCUGGACGGUUACCCAGUAAAAGGUUAUGCACAGACUUCAAUAGGUGAUCUUGCAUCAAAUGAAUUUACACCUGAAGCACUCAAUUGGCAAAUCGGAAACCCAUAUUUCGUUUUUGAAAACAUAUUUUUAAUGGUGAAUGUCACACCGGUGAUGAGCUAUUAUAUAUUUAAUGAUGUUCCACACUCUGUCAGAACUAAAAAAUUAUUUAAUAACGAUACUUACGAUGUAUGGUUGAAAUUACAACCACUCGAUCGAUUUUAUUACGAAUAUCUCGAUAUUAUUCCUCUCUACUCGGAAGAAGGCUACAUGAUAGUAACAAACUCACGUUCUAUUCCAAUCCUUGACCAAAUCGCUGACAAUAUGUUUAGUUAUCAAACUCUGAUACUCUCGAUUAUUAUUCUAAUUAGUAUUUUUAUACUUAUUCUAGUCAAUAACAAGUUCAAUUUUGUUGCAACCUUUUUCGAUAUGUUGUUGUUGGUAUUGAAUAUGGGGAUGAGGACACCCAUAGAACGUUUGUUUAUGCGUAUUACUUUUCUAUCCUCAUCUUUAUUUAUGUUGAUGUUUAAUCCGGCAUUAGAGGCUCAACUCAUGGCAAUGCUGGCAAAACCGAGUUACCGUAGGGUUGAAAAUUUAGAUGAUUUACAUUCCAAUAAAUUUAAAGUCUUCUUCGACGAUAAAAUCCGCGAUUAUAUAGCCGAGACACAAUUGUGGUCAAGUGAUUCUGAUAAGGAAUACUUGUAUGAGCAAGGCUCGAUUGAUUAUGGUCAAUGCUACCACUACAUUACGAGAGAUUAUGCAGGUUCAGUACAACUCGAAAUUCUGAUAUUUGAUACAGUCACAUUCAUCGAUCCAGUUCCGAUGAAUGAUUCGAUUCCAGUAAAUGUUUCUUAUCCCAUUAAUGAUUCACUCUCGGUAAAUAUGUCAAGUCCGUUAAAAGUUGGAUUUGCGGAAUUUGACUCAGUUAUGAAAGAUUCUUUAGCUGCUUGUAUAUUUGCUUAUAAGUAUCGUGAGUUUACAUUAGGCAACGACUUAUACAUUUCAAAGGACGUAUUAUUCAAAUCGUACAACGUGUUUAUGAGUCGUAAACGUUGGAGUUUGAAAAACAAAAUCGAUAAAGCAGCAAUGAAUCUUUUUGAAACCGGCCACAUUCAUUACGCCGAACGUUUUAAACGGUAUAAAGAAUUAAAAAGAAAAAAGAAAUUAGCUGCUAGAAUUGAAUCAUAUAAAAAUGGAUUUGAUCAAUUACAGUUUGAAGAUUUUCGAAUAGUUUAUAUUUUCGGUACAUUGAGCUUAAUGUGGACAGUCACUGUUUUUAUUUUUGAAAUAGUGUUCAAAAAAAUGACGGAAUCAUAUGACAAACGCUUACAAAAAUUAGAAAUGAAGCGAAUGAAAGUACGGCGAAAAUUAGCGUUGAUCAAUAAACAAACUGCCUUUGCUGAAACACGGGUUUAAGUAUAUUCGUUCUGAUGUAAAAUUGUGUGACUUUUGUAAGACUUUAUUCAUUUAUUGAUUUAUUCAAUUUGACAUCUGGAUGAUUAACGGAUAUUUGGAGUACUUAUCAAAGCCGAGAUAAAAUACAGGGUCCCUUGCAUAAUUUAAUCAAAGUCUUGAGCUUUAAUCUAUCAUUUUAAAAUCAAUUUUUAUGAAGCAUUGGUCAAGCGAUUUCCUAAGUAUUUGAUUAGCAUAACAUUCCAUAAUACCAACCGGACAAACUUUCGUAAAAAGUCAUUUAGUUUUUAAUCAUGAAAGUAGUAACAAACAACAUUUGGUUUAUAUUUUAUGAAUUUAUAAAAUAUUUAAUUCUGCUUUUGCUGUCCUUGAACUGAGUAAUUAAAUAUUGCGUGUUGUGUUGUUUGACUCGCAUAUCCAUUGAUUAAUAUUGUGUGUAGUUAAAAUGAUUGACUUUUCAAUAAGAUAUCCCUGAUUAAAAAAGUGAAUUGAAAAGUAUUGAAAAUUAUCUCAAUUCUUUUCAAUCCCUCGGCGGUUUUGGAAAGUAUUGAAUGGAAUUGAAAUUUCGAUCGUUUGAAUACUUUCCAAUUCCAAAGUGGAAUUCGAAAGUAUUGAAAAGAAUUCAAUCUUUCAUCAUUUCAAUACCUUCCAAUAUGGAAUUAUUUAGGUAUUGAGAAGGAUUCGGAAAGAUUCAAAAAUUUCAAUUCAUUUCAAUCUUUUUCAAUCCCACACUUGAUCGAAAUAUCGGAUUAUUUAGGUAUUGAGAAGGAUUCGGAAAGAUUCAAAAAUUUCAAUUCAUUUCAAUCUUUUUCAAUCCCACUCAUGACCCGAAAUGUGAAAUUAUUUAGGUAUUGAGAAGGAUUCAGAAAGAUUCAAAAAUUUCAAUUCAUUUCAAUCUUUUUCAAUCCCACACUUGAUCGAAAUAUCAGAUUAUUUAGGUAUUGAGAAGGAUUCGGAAAGAUUCAAAAAUUUUAAUUCAUUUCAAUCUUUUUCAAUCCCACACAUGACCCGAAAUGUGAAAUUAUUUAGGUAUUGAGAAGGAUUCAGAAAGAUUCAAAAAUUUCAAUUCAUUUCAAUCUUUUUCAAUCCCACUCAUGACCCGAAAUGUGAAAUUAUUUAGGUAUUGAGAAGGAUUCAGAAAGAUUCAAAAAUUUCAAUUCAUUUCAAUCUUUUUCAAUCCCACACUUGAUCGAAAUAUCAGAUUAUUUAGGUAUUGAGAAGGAUUCGGAAAGAUUCAAAAAUUUUAAUUCAUUUCAAUCUUUUUCAAUCCCACACAUGACCCGAAAUGUGAAAUUAUUUAGGUAUUGAGAAGGAUUCGGAAAGAUUCAAAAAUUUCAAUUCAUUUCAAUCUUUUUCAAUCCCACUCAUGACCCGAAAUGUGAAAUUAUUUAGGUAUUGAGAAGGAUUCAGAAAGAUUCAAAAAUUUCAAUUCAUUUCAAUCUUUUUCAAUCCCACACUUGAUCCGAAAUGACGGAUUAUUUAGGUAUUGAGAAGGAUUCAGAAAGAUUAAAAAUAUCAAUUCAUUUGAAUCUUUUUCAAUUCCUCGGAAGUUCUGAAAUUCUUUUAUUAUUUUGGGAUUGAAAAGUAUUCAUUUUAUGUCAAAAUGAAUUCCUUGGGGGAUAGAAAGUAUUCGAAAGGAUUCAUUUCUCAUCGUUUUCAAUCCUUUUCAAUUCACUUUUUUAAUCAGGGAUAUAAAAUUCGAAAUUUUUCAUGUUUUCGAUGGAAUAAAUUAGAUGUAAUUCUUAUGAAAACUUUUCUUUGUCGUGUGAUUUCUUAAUAACCAUAUAAAAAUAUUUAGUUACAUACAUAUAUAUGAGGGUGGAAAAAAAAAAUUAUUUUUUCAGCCUUCAAAAAGCUUGAGUUUGGUAAACGAAAAAAAUUAACACCAUGUUUGAUUUAAAAUUCUAAUUCAAUAGAGGUCGCUCAAGAAUUUUCAAAAUCUAAAAACCAUUUUAACAAUCUAGUGUU